AGCCGAAAUGCGCAUUGGUCCCUGCCCCGUCCAGAAGAACAGAGCGUGGAGUCCGCCCCCCUGGACCGUCCCCCCGUUCCUGCUCCCUUCGGCCUUGUUCCUCCUCCUCCUCCUCGCUCCUCCAGCCGGCACCCUGGAGCCCACACCGCUACCUUUCCCAGAGGUGAGGCUGGCGAGCGGGCGGAACCGCUGCCAGGGCCGCGUGGAGAUCCUGCACAACGGCUCCUGGGGCACCGUGUGCGACGACGACUGGGACCUGGUGGAUGCCAACGUGGUGUGCCGCCAGCUGGGCUGCGGGCCGGCCCUCCCCGGGCCCGCGGCCCUCGCCUUCGGCCAGGGCCGGGGGCCCAUCCUGCUGGACAACGUGGACUGCGAGGGGCGGGAGGCCGCCCUGAGCCAGUGCGGGAGCCACGGCUGGGGCGUCCACAACUGUUACCACUACGAGGACGUGGCUGUGGUGUGCAACGAGCUGCUGCCCACCUGGGUGGGAAAAGUGAUACCCAGCAGAGCCCCCCCCGAACAUGCCGCUGAAUGGGAAAGGGAGCCGGGGAGAGGGCGCGACGGCAGCCUCCGCCUGGCCGGGGGCGGCAAGCCGUGCCAAGGCCGAGUGGAGAUCCUGCACCGGGGCACGUGGGGCACCGUGUGCGACGACGACUGGGGGCUGGCCGCCGCCGCCGUGGCGUGCCGCCAGCUGGGCUGCGGCCGGGCGCUGGCCGCCAAAACCAACGCCUUCUUCGGCUACGGCACGGGCCUCAUCGCGCUGGACAACGUGAACUGCGAGGGCGGGGAGCCCCGCCUGGACGCCUGCCCCAGCCUGGGCUGGGGCAUCCACAACUGCGGGCACCACGAGGACGCCGGCGUCGUCUGCUCCGAGAACGGCGUCUCCUCUACUACCAAGCCCCCCAUCUCGGCCACCCAGGACCACCGAGACGCCCUCACCGCAGCCAGCACGGUGAUGGACGCUGGAGACCAGCCCUCCCCGGGCACCGAGCCGCCCCUGACGGCCCAGCCAGGCCUGAGGGAAAAAAGUGAGUGGGAAAGGCGGGAGUCUGCCUUCGAUGCCCACUGCCAAGGGCGGAUGAUGGGCAUCUGGGCCCUGGGCGAGGGGAGGAGGAGCAGGGAGGAGCUGACCCUGCUGGAGGAUUUCUGUUUAUGGGGCGGCGGGAGGCGGGAACCGGGGGCCUGGGGCGCUCAGCUCAGGCCCGGAGUGGGCACUGGCCUCCGCCCCCGUCGUCCCCUCCUUCCCGCCCGAGCAGGCGGCGGCCUGCGGCUGGUCAACGGGCACGGCAGCUGCCAGGGCCGUGUGGAGGUGCUGCACCCGAGCGGCUGGGGCACCGUCUGUGAUGACGACUGGGGCUUCCUGGACGCCCAGGUGGCCUGCCGCCAGGCGGGCUGCGGGCCGGCCCUGGGGGCCACCGUCCUGGGCUACUUCGGCUACGGCACCGGCCCGGUCCUGUUGGACAACGUGGACUGUACGGGACGCGAGGCCAGGCUGGGCGACUGCUUCCACCUGGGCUGGGGCCAGCACAACUGCGGCCACCACGAGGACGCGGGCGUCAUCUGUCGCGGACCGGAGGAGGCGGGAGAUCAUGUCGGAGAGGAAGGCCCCGAAGCGACGACGGCAUCCAUCCUCCCUCCCAGAGACGUAGGCCACCUGCGCCUGGCGAACGGCAGCCAUCGCUGCGAGGGCCGCGUGGAGCUGUUCCUGCAGCGUCAGUGGGGCACCGUGUGCGACGACGCCUGGGACCUGCGGGCCGUGCGGGUGGUCUGCCGCCAGCUGGGAUGCGGGUCGGAGCUGGCGGCCCGCGGCGAGGCCCACUUCGGCCCCGGCGCCGGCCUCAUCCUCCUGGACAAUGUCAAGUGCAAGGGGGACGAGGCCUCCCUGCUGAGCUGCUCCCACAUCCGCUGGGACGUGCACAACUGUGACCACUCGGAGGACGCGGGGGCUCUGUGCCGCCUCCGGUGAGGCCCCCGGAGCCCCCCGGCCGACCCUCCGGAGGGGAAGGGGCACCCCAUUCCCCCGGCGGGAUUGGGAUGGUGGAAUGGAGGCAGCCCUCUCUUGGGGACAAGUAGGCCCCGGCGGUUAGGCCGGAGGCGGCCGGUGAGUUGUUCGACCCCUGCCCGCCGCCUCUCUGUCUCUGGAAGGGCCCCGGACGGGAUAAGAAAUCCCGACGGGAUGCGGGAUGCGUCUCCCCACAGACCAGGCCUGGGGGCGGGGGUGGCACACUUGGCGUCCCCCGCUUGGAGAGCUCUGUCUUUUCUGGCUUUCCCGCUCCACGCUUCCCGGGGAGCGGGAUGAGCCGGCAUCCCCACGGACGCGUGCCCGGCUGCGGGUCGGAGGCCGGGUGGCAUUUCGGAGAAUUUGCCGGGGGGGCUCGGUGCCGGUCAAGCCCACCCCGAGAGCCCGACUUUCUCCCGGCGGGCAGAGGAGACCCCGGGCGGGAGCGGAUGGGCCGAGCCCACUGUCUCUAUAUGUUCCCAAGCGCUUAGUCCAGUGCUCUGCACACAGUAAGCGCUCAAUAAAUACGAGUGAUUGAGAAGCAGCCAGAAGGGUGGGCUGCCUCACCGCCGUGGUGAUGCCAAGUUGGCACGGCGCCCUUCUCUCCGUCGAGGCGGGGAAGACGCCGGGCGGGAGGGGACUGCGGGGGACGUCUGGGUCCGCAAUCCCCCCUCGUCCCCCACCAAGAUGUAGAUGAA